AUGAACAACAUUGUUAUGUUUGCAGUUGAACUUAUUUAUUGUUAUGUUGAAUGCUUGGCUCUGCAUGGAAAAGAUUCGGGAGUUCACAGUGUAGCACCUGCUAAGGGUCUUUGUUAUCUGCAUCAAGAUUGUUUUCCACUUAUGGUUCAUUGCGGCGUGAAAUCAAACAAUAUCUUACUUGAUACAAGUUUUGAAGCCCAUGUUGCUGAUUUUGGACUUGCUAAGUUCUUGCAUGAUUCUGGAACUUCUAAAUACAUGUAUGUUAUUGCAAGUUCUUAUGUAUACAUAGCUCCAGAGUAUGCAUACACACUGAAAGUCGACGAGAAAAGUGGCAUAUACUGCUUCAGUGUGCUAUUAUUAGAGCUUGUAACUAGAAGAAAACCAGUUGGAGAAUUUGGCAAUGGAGUCAACAUUAUCUGCAUUGACUAUUCCGGUCUUAAUCUCUACUUCAAAACGGGCAGUUAA